AAAAAACCCGACGAAAGAAAAAGAAAUAAGUCUUUUUUUGUGUAUUUAACAUUAACGAUACGCAAAAAAUAACACAAAAAUUGCACUUUUGAACAAAGUGAAGAAAAUAAUUUAGAAUUUUAAUUGUUUAAAAGAAAGAAAAGUUUAUAAAAAAAGACAGAAAAUGAAUGAAGAAUACGAUGCUAUUGUUUUGGGCACCGGCCUUAAGGAGUGUAUCCUAAGUGGUAUGCUUUCUGUAUCCGGCAAGAAAGUACUUCAUAUCGACCGCAAUAAGUACUAUGGCGGUGAAUCGGCCUCGAUAACACCAUUGGAGGAAUUGUUCCAACGUUUUAAUGUUGAGGUGCCCGGUGAUAAAUAUGGGCGCGGCCGUGACUGGAACGUGGACUUAAUACCCAAGUUCCUGAUGGCCAAUGGCCAGCUGGUUAAAUUGCUGAUACAUACGGGCGUUACCCGUUACCUCGAAUUCAAGUCGAUCGAGGGUAGUUAUGUAUAUAAGGGAGGAAAAAUUGCCAAGGUACCCGUCGAUCAAAAGGAAGCCUUAGCAUCUGAUCUCAUGGGUAUGUUUGAAAAACGCCGUUUCCGCAACUUCUUGAUCUAUGUGCAAGACUUUAAGGAAGACGAUCCCAAAACCUGGAAGGAUUUCGAUCCCUCCAAAGCAAAUAUGCAAGCACUUUACGAUAAAUUCGGUUUGGACAAGAAUACACAAGAUUUCACAGGUCAUGCCUUGGCCCUGUUCCGUGACGAUGAAUAUUUGAAUGAGCCAGCUGUUAAGACUAUACAACGUAUUAAAUUGUAUUCGGAUUCAUUAGCCCGAUAUGGUAAAUCACCAUAUUUAUAUCCCAUGUACGGUUUGGGAGAAUUGCCACAGGGUUUUGCACGUUUAUCAGCCAUAUAUGGUGGCACUUAUAUGUUGGAUAAGCCCAUCGAUGAAAUCGUUUUGGGUGAGGGUGGCAAAGUAGUGGGUGUACGUUCUGGUGAUGAGAUCGCCAAAUGUAAACAGGUCUAUUGUGAUCCCAGUUAUGUGCCCGAUAAGGUACGAAAGAGGGGCCAGGUUAUACGUUGCAUUUGUUUAUUGGAUCAUCCAAUUGGCAACACUAAAGAUGCAUUAUCAACCCAAAUUAUCAUUCCACAAAAACAAGUUGGUCGCAAAUCAGACAUUUAUGUUUCGUUGGUCAGUUAUGCCCAUCAGGUUGCCGCUAAAGGCUGGUUCGUUGGCAUGGUUUCGACCACCGUUGAAACCGAUCAACCUGAAAACGAAAUUAAACACGGUUUGGAUCUACUAGAACCCAUUGCACAAAAGUUCAUUUCGAUCUCGGACUACUAUGAGCCGCUCGAGGAUGGUGCCGAUACUCAAAUAUUCAUUUCGGAAUCUUAUGAUGCCACAACUCAUUUCGAAACCACUUGCCUCGAUGUUUUGGACAUUUUCAAACGUGGUACUGGUGAGGAUUUCGAUUUCUCUAAAAUCAAACAUGAAUUGGGUGAUGAAGAUCAGUAAAUCAGAAAAUUAAAUGACUUUUUAACAACAACAACAACAACAACAUCAUCAUGAUCAUAUUUUUAUUAGCGUGCAGUUAACAGGGGAAUCAAAAAAAUGGCUAAAAACAUCAACAGCAACACAACAGAAAAUAUAUAAUAUAUAAAACGAGAAAUUUUGAAAUAAAUUUAAAACUUAUAAAAAGAAAAUACAACAAAAAAUAAAGAUGGUAUUAAGUAAAAUUAUGCAUUAUAAACAUAAAUAAAACAAACAAAAAAGAAGAUUUGCUUAGAAUGAAAACAUUAAAAAACAUCAAUAAAAAAAUAAUAUAAAAUAAAAGCUUAAAAAAAAUAUAAACAAAAACUCAAUUAUAUUUAAAUAAAAAGAAACCAGAGAAAGAAAACACAAAAUGUUUAAGAGAUUUUAUAAAAAAAAACCUACAAGAAAAAUGAAAACUCCAUAACUGUAACUCUGUCUCUCUCUCUCUCUCUAUUUCUCUCACCAACAUCCCCGUCCCCCAAAUAACUCACACUCUGCAACAAUUCCAAGUAAAUAGAUUGUUAAACAGAAGAACUAUUUAAAUAAUAUUUAUAUAUAUAUUAAUAUAAAAUAUAAACAACAAAAAUGUAUUGAAAUUAAACUAUUAAUGAAAAAGAUAAAAAAUUCUUCUAAUACACAACAAGCGUAAACCGAAAAAAAAAAUAAACAUUUUAUAUAUAAAAAUAUAGUAAUGGAAGAAAAUAUAUAAUUUCUGCGUUUUAAAUACAAUAUUCACCAGAAAAAUAAAACAACAAAACAGAUAAUAUUCUAUAGUUUAUGGUUACCACAAAAAAGGCUAAAUUAUAAAUAAAAAACAAAAGUUUAUACGUCAUAUUUCCAAGAAACAAAAACCCAGCUUGUUAGUUAUAAAAAAUGUAACAAUUAUUGUUUUUUUUUAUCAUAAUUCACACACAACCAAAAUUCAAAACUCAAGCUUAAACCAAAAUCAACGAUUGAUUCUUAACUAAAAAGAGAGAAUCUUAAAACAAUCCAUUUCUCUCAUUAAAUAAAACAAUUUUUAUUUAUUUUUUAAUUUUCCAAAUUCCAACUUAAUUGUAGCAGUGUAUACAGAAUUAAAUAAAACUAAUGAGAAAAACAAUUUUUAAAUACCAACAAACAAAUAAAAAAAAAAACAAAAGAUUUAAAUGAUAAACAUGCAUUAAAUACAUAAAUGUAAACCAAACAAAAGACAAA